UUAACAAGUCGAUCCCUUCGCCGCAUUACAACCUCCUUCUUCAGGAUUCCCACAUAUACUGAAGACCAGCUGAGACAUCCAGCUUUGUGGACAGAGCAGCGUCUGGAGUCUUCAGCCUUCCAUUCGUAGGCAGCCACUGUUGGACCAGCUGAGCCACAGCCCGUUGUUAUUUCCUCCUGUAGCCUGGACACCUGGUGAGCUGUAAGGAUCCUCUGAGUGACACCAAGACCCAGCAGCUGUCAUGGGCUCCCCAGAGAGGAAAGGCUUCGUUGAGUGUGUGCUUCAUUACCUCGUGGACACGAGGAGCACAGAGGCCCUGCAGCUCCUGCUGACUAAAGAGGAAGCCUGGAAACAGCUUGUGGAAGAAGCUGGUUUGUCCAGGGCAGAGGAAGCUUCCUUGCAUGAAGCUCUUGCUGAGAUCAUUCCAGAUCCAGAUGUAGAAGAUGAAGACGAGCUCCAAAAUGACCGGCAGGAGAGGAAAAGUUUUUUAGAUGCCUGUCCUCAAGUGAAAUUGGAGCUUGAGGAGCGCAUCAGGAAGCUCCACACCCUUGCAGACAAGAUUGACAAGGUGCACAGGGACUGCACCAUCACACAUGUGGUGGCCAGCUCCACCAGUGCUGCAUCUGGGGUCCUGACAAUUCUUGGUCUCGCUCUGGCCCCUGUGACGGCAGAAUUCAGUCUGGGACUUUCAGCCACAGCCUUGGGGCUUGGGGCAGCAGCAGCUGUGACAAGUGUUUCCGCAACCAUUGUGGAGAAGGUAAGCAUGAUGUCGGCAGAAGCUGAAGCCAGCGAGCUUCUGUCAAUCAGCAAGGACACAGUAAAGGCAAUUAAAGAAGUUGUGGAGAAGAGCACCCCCAGGCUUAUUUCUGUAUCUAAGAAUUCCUUCCGGAACCUGGAAGUCAUCAAGAAGAGCAUUGAUGCCAUCAAGCUGACCAAAGCCAAACCUCACCUAGCAAUUAAUGCCAAGUAUCUCAUAAAUACAGGGAGGGUGUCAACCCAGAGCACUAAACAGGUGGAGAAAACCUUAGGAGACACUGCUCUGGCAAUGACCAAAGGAGCCUGGAUCACGGGGGUAGCGACUGCAGGUUUCUUCCUUGUGCUAGAUGUGGUCGGUAUCAUAGUAGACACAAUGCAUUUACAGGAGGGUGCAAAGGCAGAGUCUGCUGCAAAGCUGAGGCAGAAGGCUCAGGACCUGGAGCAGAAGUUGCAGGAGCUUAUCUGGGUUCAUUAUAGCCUGACUCAGUGACCUUUUUCUUCUUCAGUGACGCUCAGAACUGGAGGUAGGCGCUGCCCUAAAAAGUGCCAUGGAUACAUGAGAGGCCCUGACUGGAUCCCUUCACAGCAAUGCUCCUGUGGCAGCAGUGCCUGCUAGAGAGAGAAGACACAGACUGGGGGAAAUGACAAGGUUUAAUUCCCUUGAAGUUUAAACUCUGCUGCAAUUAGAUGAGAUCUGUUGAGAUGCAUUGGAGGGUGCCGCGGACUGACUCUCUUGGAGAUCGAAGACCAAGGGAGAACAGGGGUGAAGACUUAGGAGAACCCAGGAUUCAGCGAAUGACAGACAGACACAACUCUAAUGAGAUUUGAAUCUGCUGCAACUUUACUAAACUUCAAGCAUCACUUUUAAGAGAUUACAGAAGGAAGUUGGCAGACAUAAAAGUUUCCAUAGAAAAAUGAUUACAGACAAUUGAUUAUUCUUAACAAGUCUUGUGGUCAGGGCCAGGUGGGCAGAGCUUUUCUUAGAAAUUCAUCUCACACCACUCACUAAUUGUGCUUUCUCAUGGCCCUAAAUCAUAUCUGCCCUCAAGGUAACCAAAGUAACCCAAACACCAUUCUCAACUGUGCUUCCUCAUGGCCCUAAAUCAUAUCUGCCCUCAAGGUAACCAAGGUAACCCAAACACCAUUCUUCAGAAUUCCACCCCCAGGGUUUGUUCCAAUAUUGAAUGGCCGACUUCAUGUUAUCAAGAAUAGCCUGCCUUUCUUUCCUAUCUAAAAUGCACCAGGGGUUUCUCAUUCUGGCUAGCCUCUCCAUAAAUGGUAACUCAUGCCAUUCCAUACAUUUUCCUUCAUAAUUUGUUCAUAUUCUACCAAAUCUCCUAUCAUGAGCUCUUUCUGUUCUAGGGUAUCUGUAAAUUCCCCAGAGAGCGAGCCAGAGUCUUAAUCAUAACAUUAAUGGCCUGAAUCAAGGGAGGGAACUGAUGCAUCAGUUCCUCCGUAUUCAAGGAGCCAUUAGGAAUGUUUCCUGGUUCCUUGAACAGACUAAGUUUUUAUCAAGAGAAAAAUAGAACAGAAGAAAGGAUAGCAGAGUCAAUGCAAGAAACCAUCGCCAGGAUCAAAGUGAACGAGUUCGUUGAGGCUAAUCAGGCACCUCAACUCGAGCAGACCGCCAGGGAACCGCCGGGGGCCAAGCUCCAAGAAGCACAAGCCGUGGAUGUGGCAGGAGGGCUGACCUUAUUCCAAAAUAUUUGAAGAAUAAAUUUA